AUGUCACCAACCAACUGGACAAUUACCCGUGUUCGGGAUCUCGUGAGGAGAACAUUCCAGAAACGCGCAUGCCUUUUCCAAGUCAAAAUCGGUCUCGCAAUUCGACAGAGGAAGAACGACGUUGUUGGCAUUGCUGCCACAGGGUCAGGCAAAACCCUGUCAUUCUGGCUCCCACUCCUGAUGGCUCUGGAGGACGGCGAGGACAAAUGCAUGAUCGUCGUCACUCCAUUGAACCUCCUCGGAAAGCAGAACAUCGACCUGUUGGAAAAGGCUGGGAUUAGCGGAGUUGCCGUGGACAGAAGCAAUGCUACGAAUGAAACCUUUCAGGACAUCGCAGCAGGGAAGCACCGGGUCAUUGUCAUGAACCCGGAAAUCCUCAUGCAAGACGGCGGUCACUGUGACCGGCUAUGGAAGCUACCGUCGUUCACGUCACGUUUGCUCUACGUUGUGUUCGACGAGGGCCACUGUAUCCAGGAAUGGAAUUCGUUCAGAGAGCAGUACAAAUAUGUCGGAGCUCUACGUCACCUCAUUCCUGAUAUGAUACCGUUCUACGUCGCAUCUGCUACCCUGCCAACUCCACUCCUUGCAGAAGUAUCUGAGAUCCUACAACUUCGAAAGGAUCGCACCGAACACAUUCUUCGCUCGAAUGACCGCCCAGACAUCGCGCUUGGUGUUCGGAAGAUGGUCCAUGCAGCGAGUUCAUUCAAGGACCUCGAAUUCCUAAUCCCGGAUGGCUUUGCGGAAGGUGAUCCACCUCCGCCGAGGUUCCUGGUCUUCUGUAACAGCAUCAAGGAGACAGAGGCAGCAUGCAAAUACCUUCGCAGUCGGCUUCCUGCCCAUCUACGUCUGUCCAAGAUCAAAUAUUUCCAUGCUUCCAUGACGUCGCACUAUCGCAUGGACGAGUACGAGGCACUCAAAAAUGGCGAUACCUUCGGAUUGUGCGUCACAGACGCUUUCGGAAUGGGACUUGAUCUUACCGGCAUACAGCUUGUGGUGCAGUGGAAAGCACCGGUCAGCAUGAACAUGCUCUGGCAGCGGUUCGGUCGUGCUGCCCGAGGUCUCGGAGAGUUUGCGUUUGCAAUCCUCGUAGUCGAGAAGCAAUACUUUGAUGACGAGGUUGAGAAACGCGAGCUGGCAAAAGAGAAGAGGAGAAACAGAGCCAAGCGGAAGAGGAACACCACACAGAAGACGGCAGGCGCACCUAAGAAACGUAUCGCAGGCCCGGGCAAUGAUCGCAUAGGCGCCGCCGCCAAGCAGACAACAUCGGUCGACGCUACCAAUGCAGCAAAUCACUCCGGCGAUCAGGAAGGGUUGGCGACAAGUUCAGAUGAAGAUGGCGGCAUUGCUGGAGAGUCGGAACCAGCACCCCAGCGACAACAGACUAGUUCAGCAGUCAAACCGGCAGGGAAAGAAGAACGUACACCGCAUGCGGCCAUCCUUGACCUGCUCAACGCAGACAGUCGUAAAAUUGGGUGUCGUCGGUGGCCCAUUACCUUAGUGUACUCGAACGAUAAGCGCAGCUGGGACCACUUGGAGUGUGAUCCCUCCUCACCGUCUGGCUGCCAGAGGUGCGCUCCGUCCGUGUCGUUGGUGUGCUGUGAUCUCUGCCACCCGCUCGCUUUUGAGGAACUUGCGACGACUUUCACAAGGCCUAUGAAGGGGACGCGGAAAUCAACAAUCAAGCCGUACGACAGCGGCCAGGCAGAUCUCGACCUCCGCAAUGCGUUGGUCAAGUGGCGGGCCGAAGAGACAUCCACACGAUACGGUCCCGCCGCUCUAAGAAACCAUGGCGGCAGCCUCAUCUUACCUGACAAAGCUCUCGACCGUGUCAUUGACUGCGCACAUGCCGGCAAGCUUCUGUCUCUGGAGGACGUCAAGCGCGAAUUGCCUGCAUCGCAGGAUUGGGUGGAUCGGUACACAGGCCCUCUCCUUCAGUUGGUACGCGAGGCAUUCCCCGGGCCACCAGAAGAGGCAGAUACAGCAGCAGGUACAGAUCACACCACGGCGCCAGGACUCGGAACAGGCGCCAACGACACUCCUAUUGACAACCAGCAAGUACGCAAGCGCAAGGCCCCAACCUGUAGUCGGUGCAAGCAAAUCGGACACAACAGUGAGUAG